AUGCCUGCUGAAUAUGCAGUAUUACUCAAACACUGCCUCACAUCUGGCUAUCUAUUGUGGAAGGAGGAGUUCUACAAGCAAGUAGAUGGUGUGGCGAUGGGCUCACCUGUAUCUCCCAUAGUCGCUGACAUAUUCAUGGAGGACUUCGAGGAGAAAGCCCUUCUUACUGCUCCUGUAAAUCCAAGAUUCUACAAGCGAGAGCACGAGGGAUCUGUGACAGAAAACAUCUGGCCGCCGAACUUCAGCAUGUCAAGCAAGUAUUGCAAGACAACAAGCUUCGGGUCCCGCGCCUACGUCACAGUGACCGAGUGA